AUGGCGGAAGGAAGCGGAAUCGAUCGCAAGGCGGAGGAGAGGAUGGAGUUUUCGACCUCCAAGGAAGUGACGGUUCACCCGACCUUUGAGUCCAUGUCCCUCAAGGAGAACCUCCUCCGCGGCAUCUACGCUUAUGGCUACGAAUCCCCCUCGGCCGUGCAGUCCCGCGCCAUUGUCCAGGUCUGCAAGGGUCGCGACACCAUCGCCCAGGCUCAGUCCGGUACGGGUAAGACGGCCACCUUCUCGAUCAGCAUGCUCCAGGUUAUCGACACGGCGGUGCGCGAGACCCAGGCCCUCGUCCUCUCUCCGACGCGCGAACUCGCGACCCAGAUUCAGUCCGUCGUCAUGGCUCUCGGCGACUACAUGAACGUCCAGUGCCACGCCUGCAUCGGUGGCACCAACGUGGGCGAGGAUAUCCGCAAGCUCGACUACGGCCAGCACAUCGUCUCCGGCACCCCUGGCCGUGUCGCCGAUAUGAUCCGUCGCCGUCAUCUCCGUACACGUCACAUCAAGAUGCUCGUUCUCGACGAGGCCGACGAGCUUCUCAACCGCGGUUUCCGCGAGCAGAUCUACGACGUCUACCGAUACCUGCCCCCUGCGACGCAGGUCGUCGUCGUCAGCGCUACCCUCCCGUACGAUGUACUCGACAUGACGACCAAGUUUAUGACCGAUCCCGUUCGUAUCCUGGUCAAGCGUGACGAGUUGACACUCGAAGGAUUGAAGCAGUACUUCAUCGCCGUCGAAAAGGAGGACUGGAAGUUUGAUACCCUUUGCGAUCUUUACGACACCCUGACCAUUACCCAGGCCGUUAUUUUCUGCAACACCCGCAGAAAGGUCGACUGGUUGACGGACAAGAUGCGCGAGGCCAACUUCACCGUCAGCAGUAUGCACGGCGACAUGCCGCAAAAGGAGCGCGACAGCAUUAUGCAGGACUUCCGCCAGGGCAACAGCCGUGUGCUCAUCUCUACCGAUGUGUGGGCGCGUGGUAUCGACGUGCAGCAGGUCAGUUUGGUCAUCAACUACGACCUGCCGAGUAACCGUGAGAACUACAUCCACCGUAUCGGUCGCAGUGGUCGCUUUGGACGUAAGGGUGUUGCCAUCAACUUCGUUACUAGCGAGGAUGUGCGCAUUCUGCGGGACAUUGAGUUGUACUACUCUACCCAGAUCGAUGAGAUGCCCAUGAACGUGGCCGAUCUCAUCUCUUAA